AUGAAUACUAUCGAAGAUAACAAUAACAACAGAAACAGUGGCUCAAUCCCUGUUCCUACCGGUUUUGAGCAAUGGUUAGUUCAGCCCACAAAUAAAGGGAUGGUGGGAAACGAUAAUACCAAUAAUAUUUGGUUUUAUGGUAAUGAUAUAAAUUUUGAAACUAAUAAUAAUAAUGCUGUUGUUUCUGCUUCCAAAGUGGCUAUUAAGAAUGAAAAAUAUCCUGUGGCUGCAAAUGCCGCAGCUGUAUCUAAUCCCAAUAAUGGUGGUAGCGAGCCUUUGUUAAUGCCUUUUAAUGCUGUAAGAAGUUAUAGCAGUGGCCCAUCUAUGUUGUCCUGUUCUUCAUCAUCAUCUCCUUUUGAGUCUCCAUUACCAAUUGCCGACUCUUACCAGGAGCAUGUUAACAAUGGAGAUGAAGACGACUUUAACUCUAUAUUUGAUCCAAAUAGCUGUAGUGAAACCGGAUCUACUACUUCUGUUGAAUCUCAACCUAAAUCCAGUAAGAAAGGUGGGCACCAACAACAGAAACAACAAAAAAAUGUUCAUAUUAAAACAGAAACACCGAGUGCUGUUGUCACUGGUGCUGCUUGCACCGCUGUAGGCGUUGAGGAUGAUUUGAUAUCUCCUAUGUUCACCAAUAACGAUAUAGAAUUACUAAGGAAAAAGACAAUGGAAAACAAGAGCAAAAAGAGGAAGAGAGGUCCAAGGAAGCUAAUGACCCCUGACCAAAAGGAAGCCCACAAUAAAAUAGAGAAAAAGUAUAGAAUCAAUAUAAAUACUAAAAUUGCUAGAUUGCAGAAGAUUAUACCAUGGGUUGCUUCGGAAGACACUGCAUUUGAAGUACAUGCCUCCUUUAGGGGGAAAGAUUUGUUAGGGAAUGUAAAAAACAAUAACGGGAGUGAUAGUAUCAGUGAUAAUAAUACUGAGGGUAACGGUAACGAUGAUGCUACAAAUACUGGCAAUAAUAGCAGCAGUUUGCAACCUUGCAAGUUGAACAAAAGUAUUAUUUUGCAAAAGGCUAUUGAUUAUAUUUUAUAUUUGAAGAAUAAUGAAAGGUUAUAUGAGUUAGAAGUUCAAAAAUUGAAAGAUGAAAUUAAAAAUUUGCAGAAUAAUAAGGAGAAUACUAAUGUUAAAAUAAAGUGA